CCAAUUCGGAUACUUUUGAAAUCGGAAAGAUCGCGAUAUAUUUCAGCGUGGUGAAGUACUCGUAUCAGAAGUUAUUAGAAUAUAUUAUUAUGAGCAAAGUGUUUCGGGAAUUUACACAAUCUCUUCAUGGUUAGAUAAACCGUAAUUAUUUAACGAAUUUAUCACAUCGAAGUAAUAUAUUAAGGGUAAAGCUUCUAAAUGGAUAAAUCAACUCCAGCUUAUUCAACUGUGCAGACACAUUCCACAUCGCGCACACCGUCGCGUCGAUCAUCCAAAACAUUUUACCGUACUGAGUCAUUACCGUCUCCGCCACCGCCACCAGAUCUACGUGAGAAGAGUGAGGAAAUCUUUUUCAAGUAUCCACCAAUCAGAAAAGAUUUACCUGUAACUUACGAAAAGCUACUUGAUUUUGAGAAGCGACAGGAUGAAUUCAACAAAACCUUGAAUAAUCUGAUAGAGCAUGGCUGUCAACUCAAACAGAAUGUUGUGAGCCAUGACACAUCAUCUCAAAAUAUUGAUGAAGUAUUAAAGUGUGCGUGCUGUCACCAAAUACGUGAAGAGUGUACUAAUUUCAUUGAACCAUUGCAUCGACGAUUGGAGAACUCCAUAACAGGUGCGUUAGCUGCUUAUGGGGCCGUUGAGCAAUUAUCACGCAUGUACUCAAUAUGGGAUAAAUUUCUUGAUGCCGAAAGGAAAUGGCAUCGACAGAAAGAAUGUUUAAAUUAUGUUAAUUUACUACAAGAGAAAAUGUCAAGGGCACAAUCAGUCAAGGACGCAAAACACAGUAAAUACAUCGCAGAAGCCGAUGCAGACUUUGAAAACACUUUGGCUCUAUUAGAGACCAUAUUAACGAAGAAUCCGUCUAUCAAGAAAGCAGACUUAAAGCAACAACGAGAACGCAGCAAGUCGGUCGCUUUAUUAGACGAGCACGAGACCAAAAAUGUGAAUUCCAGACAACGUUUACUUCGUCGUCAAAGUACCUACAGUGAUGGUAAAUCAAAAGUUUCGAAGUGGACUAAAGUAAAGGCAGCUUUUAAAUGGGAGCGAGCCAAUGUUCCUGCAUUAAUGGAGAGCAAUAAAGAAAGCACCAAUAAUGUUGGACUAUUGCCCAUUAAUCAUGAAGUUGCAAGAUAUUUACGGGUACCAACAAAUCAAUGUGGCGGCAGCAGCUCUGCUGAUAGCAUAAUGAGUUCAUCUUCUGGGCAUAUACUAAGCGAAACUGGCACACCAGGCACAAUUAGUUCAGCAAGUUCAAUGGACGAUAUAGAAAACAGUUGCAGUGGGAACACAAUCAGACGAGAUUCUACCAAAAGUAAUGUCACAACAGGAGACGAUGGUGAACUAAUUGCAUUCGAAUAUCAAAAAUCGGAAUCAUAUGGUGAAAGUGAUAGUCAAAAAAUUGGCAAGAAUGAGUCAAACAUUCGUAACCUAGUGUUUCCAAAAUCAAAUUCUAAUAAAUCUUUACGAAAAGCAAAAGCAGUUCCAGAAAUCGAAGUUUUACCUGAAGAUGUCGCUGUGGACAUAAAAAUUCCAACAACUAGAAAGAAAGCUAAGCUACCUCCAAGUCCACUCAAUCUUAAUUUAAAACAGGACUUAAGUGAUGUAGAUUCUUACUACUCACCAAAUUCACUGAGAAGUCCAAAAGAAGGCACACAAUCCUUAAACCGUAAUAGAAAAGUUCAUUCUCCUGGCAAUUCUUCCGUGCCUAGUAGCCCGUCUCGACACUCCGAUUUUUUUGUAGGAUUUGAGAGUGAAGAUUUAUCAAGUGGUGAUUUUUCUGAACCCGUCACACCUAGCAGAAAAACUUUCCAACAACAACAAGAUGAAAUCAACCUUAAAUAUCAAACAUUGCGUGCCAAGUUGGAUAUGGAAUUUGAAACUAAGCGAAGAGAAUGGGAAAAGUUGAAAUCAAAUCCAAAUACCUGUCGAGCUUUAACACUGAUCAGUCCUUCAAUAUCAGAAGAACAUUCUCCCAAUCAAGUAAUAAGUUCAAAUUUAUCAGCGAAGUUAUUGGAGGAAAACUUAACACCCGAUUUUAAGAAGAAAUUACGUAAGUGGCGGGUAAAAAAACAAAUCUCAGUUGGUGGCUCUCAUGCACAACAUCAACCCCCGACUUCACCAACACAAAUCCCGAAAAUAGAUUGGAACUUAUGGAAAACAGGUCAAAUUAAAUUAGAGGGCCAAGGUUUAACUCCGAUGCCUGAUCAAAAAGAUUUACCAGAAGAUUUUCAAAAGAAAUUAGAACAAUGGAACAAAAUAAAGCGUAGCGGUGGUAAUGAUUCUCUUAAACGACUUACUAAAGUUGAUAUUGGCUAUCGAAAAGUUACAGAUGAAGAUCGUGGAACAAGUGCAGAAAAAGAUAAACGUACGGAUAAGCAUAAAACACAUGAGAAGGACAAAUCAGAAAAGUUGGCAAAACUUAAAGCAAUUGUGAAUGAUCAUCCCGCUAAGAAGAUUGAGGUUAAGACUUCAGCAGGUGUUAUGAAAUUUGAAGGAAUAUCGAGAAAGUUCACACGCAAGUUAUAUGAAUGGGAGAAAGCGCGUGGUAUUGGACCAGAAGCUUCAACAUUUGCACUUUUACAUCCCGGAUAUUGUCCGAUUGAUGUUGGCAGAAUCACAAAGGAAACUCAUAAUAUUGCUGAAAACUCUCCUACACUAAGUCGUUCACUUUCACUGGAUAGUAUUGCGCCCAAUAUGAAUUUGCCGAUUAUUUCACAACAAGCCUCAAGUCUAUCACUCAACGAUGUCAAUGAUCUUAAGGAAAUGGAAAGCGGUAUAAGUAGUUCAGGUCAAUUACUAGAAUCUGAAUUUAAAAAGUUCGAAGAACCUGAAGCAGUUAUGGUUGAAGUUGAAGAUCAUAUAGUGGAAACAGCUUCACCGUUGAUAACUGCCAACACUUUAGUGGAACAUCAGACCCCUGUGUAUAAGUAUGAAGAAGUGGCGUGCAAUGAUUAUUGUAACACAAAACGUAUUCAAAGCUACGAAUCUCAUACAAAUUUAGCGCCUUUGCUGGCUGCUCUGAAACGCACAGAUGAAAUAAUCGCUCACUUAGAAGAAGCAGCACAUGGGACCGGUGAAUUAACAGAACUACAAAAAUGUAAAUGUUCACUUCUGUACAUCCGCAGUGUGUAUCCAUAUUAUACUGAGAAUCUGAUGAAGUCAAGUGUUUUGAAUGCGAUAUCCGACGUCCAAAUCGAACUAGGGCGCUUGAGUGAGCUGAGUGAAAAGUCCCCAUUGAAUGAAGCAUGUUGUCAGGAAAUUAUGGAAGAACGCUUUAUCACAUACAAGGAAGAAAUAAGAGGUUUGCAUGAAUCCUUGGAAAUGCUGCAUCAAAACAUAACUGUUGGCAUUAAACGCUAUCCUAAAGACAUAGUACCAGAUAUAAAUAUAACAUCUGAUGAUGGACAUAACGCUCCGAUUCAUGCAGUUUUUGUUCUCGAUUCUAGUAAUCCAGGUCAAGAACCUUCAGUUGUAACAAUGUGUAGUGCAGAAACAUCAAAAAUCGAUCAAAUGAAUAGCAUUCGUUCUCUACGUAAUGUAGCUGAAAAUUCUGUUUCCAACAACAGUCACAACAGCAACAUCAACAGUAACAAUAACAGUAACAGUCACAGCAAUGGUAAUGUAAUAACUACUCCCAGUAGUUCGAGUGUCGCAGUGAAAAAAAAACUACGUUUGCGUAAAAUGGGUUCACGUCAAAACAGCAAAACCGAAAGUGAUAGCAGUGAUAAUGAGACGCAGAAUAUUGCCGACACACCCCGUCGUCUAAAGCGGAAAAACUUUCGUUUGAAACAAAGGUCCCUAGAUGAAGAUAGUAGAAAAAUUGAUGAACAAAAUUGUAAUCCCAUUGCAGACGAUAUGGUUUAUGUUCUAAAAGUAAAACCUGGUAAGCCAAUCGAGCAACUUCAAAACGUCUUAGAUACUGAAAAAUGUAACUAUAAUGUCGCUAUACCCACUUUAAUGGAACCCUAUUCACUGCACCCAAAGCAAAUGGAAGGUGAAAAGGAUAUCCAUAAUUCAAACACAAACAUAUUCGUACAAACCAAGAGAAAAAUAUUUACGACAAUCGACAAUUUACCGAACACCAUCGAUGGUAUAGCAGUUAUAUCGGAGGAUAUCGACAAUCCUUCUCAAUCUGACAAAAAUAAUAUUGACAUUAAUCGUGCAGAGCAUCAGAGUGACAAAGAACUGAUCGGUACAAUUGGUAAAGGGAGUGAGUCAAACAAUUUUGAAACCAUACAACCGCGUCUGCUACUGCGUAAAUCCCUUAGUCUAAUAGAAAUCGGAGCGAAAGAAAAUGACGAUGAAGUCAAAUAUUACAGCAAUGAAGAUGUGAGAAAUCAAAAAUCUAAAUCGAAAAGCAAGGUCCGCCCGCCAUUGGCUUCCGAUAGUUUUAGAGUUAUAAACAAAAGUUAUAUUGGACUUCCUAAAGAUGUAUUAAAGCUUACGAUUAAUACAGUGCGAAAACCUCAUCUUUAUAAGAAGAACUCAGAUAAAUUUGCUUUACUUCAUGCCAGGCAUAAUAAUGGCGGUACAAUUAAAAGAAUUGAAACUAAGUUUUCUAAAUCUAAUUCCGGUACAGCUGUGGAUCAAAUAAAUCUACUAACACCAACCAAAAUCAAUAAUGGCACUUUAACUGACUGUCGCACACCAGAACGAAAGUCUUUAACGCCAACAAUAAAUCCCGUAACAUUUGAGUAUCCAACAACAAUCUGUUCGGAGCCAACAACUCCACUUUUGGAGCAAAUAAAUCGACCACAUACGCCUUUGUCAGAGCGUGCACAGCGCUUACAAAAAGCAAAAGAGGACUUUCUGCAAGGUACCGUACCACGUGUCACACCACAUUAUAAGCGUCGUGAUGAAAUUGUGCGUAACGAUACUUGGGAACAGUACAGACGCAGUGAUCACAGUUUAAGUUCUGCGACUGGAGAUGAAAAUAAUCUUGGUAAAAGUCUAAGCGUCGAUACAAUAACAGCAGAAACAACGACAUUAUCGGAUGCUGGUACAGAUCAGGAUUUUCUUGGUUAUGACUCAUUACCACGACAUUCAUCUGUCAGCCGCUCAGGAAAAAUUUCUAGUAAACUUGGUUUUGCUACGCUCGCUUCUAAGUUUCGACGGGUAAAAGGUAAGAAGGAACCAUCAACUGGCAAUGGAUCCAGUAGUGCGCUUUCAGCUUUAUGUCGCCAAACGUUAUUGGCUGAUGGCAUAGCAAUACCACAGAUGAUUAGUACCAAUGCGAAACCAGGAGAAUGUGUUAUUAAAUCACAAUCUUCACCACAAGCUAUUUCGGCCACAGCUUUAAUGCCCCAUCAAAGGCGUGAAAAUGAACGUUUAAAUAAAUCACAAAGUGAACAAUAUGUUAAACCCCAAAAGGAAAGUUGUGUCUAGUCAUUAUAGGUAGUCAAAAACUCAUAAGAACAUUUUUGUAAGAAAGAAAUAAAAAACUUGUAAAAAUAAUUUAUA